CUGAAAGAAGGGGAGGCAAUGUACCGAGCAGCGCACGCACUCGCGGCAUACGCGGCGGGCCCUAGCAGGCCGCACUCAAGCGCGAGGCGCGUGCCAGGCGAUGAGAAUUAUCGUCGCGCCGAUCGCGCGACGGAGGUCGCAGCUUUCCCGGGCGGUGCCGUGGAUCAGCUCUUCGGCGUCGAUGCGUCGAAGAGCGCUUACGACCUCGUCGAACAAGCGCAGGGCCCCGCUGCUGCAGGGCUGCUCCAGCCAAUGGCGCUAGCGUCGCAAGGUCUUGGCUUGGGCGGCGGCCUUCUCCAGGAUACGAGCGGCAGCGGGCCAGACGUCCGCGCCUUCCAAGACGCGCAAAGCUUCCGCGGUCGACUUGCCCAUCUCGUCGGCGAGGCUGAAGCCGACGCAGACAUGGCGUCCAAGUUUGCGCGCGCGGCGAACCAGAUUCUCGGCGCUUCGCAAGAGGGGGUUGGCGGCAUGCAAAUCGCGGGCACCUCUCCGAAGUUCUUCGGCAGUCCGAGCGCGCCAGCCCAAGAAGGGCUGCGACGCGCGAGCGCAGCGGCGUUCGCGUCGGCGCGAAGCGGGCAAGACGUGUCCGACAUCGAGGCGGAGACCGUUCGCCUGGACGCUCUCAGAAAGGAAAU